AUUUCUGGAGACAUCAUUGGAGGGCAAACAGAACGAUAUGAUAGACGGCAGAAUGGUUUCUGUUUACCAGGAGAGAAAGAUUUAAUUGUGACAGGCUAUCAAAGACGAUCCAGGUUUAGCCAGGGACUAAAACAGCAGACAACAGGCACAAGGCAGGACACACCCUGGAUGGGAUUCCAGUCCAUCAUGUGCAAACUUCACCCAGAAGCCUAGAGUUCUGAAGGGCAACCAUGAGCAGGUUCUGCACCCCGGAGGAGGACAAGUCAGAAUCCACAGAGGAGACCAUACUUAGUCUGGAAACCGACGACACCCAGAGCGAAGAUGGACGCUCACAGACUUCCAAAGGCAAGAAGGGUCUGCUGUCCUCUGCUUUCGGCAUCAUUGGGUCAGCGGAGAACAGAGUGCCCAUGGACACAGGCUACCAAGAAGACAUCACAGAGCCAAAGCCCAAAGUCAAAUUCAACUUAAAUUUUGACAAGAAGGUACGCGGAGAGGCCGAGGGAGAGGGCAAGAGGCAGACCCCAGCCGGGAAAUUUGACAUGAAAAAGCUGUUUGAGGCCGUGGCCAGCGGAGAAGUCAAGCAGUUGGAUGGUUUAGAAGAGUACCUGCGCCAGACCAUGAAACGUCUCACAAAUUCAGAGUUUAAAGACCCAUCCAAUGGUAAAACCGCCUUACUGAAAGGUCUCCUGAACCUGAAAGAGGGACAUAACGACACCAUUAUGGUGCUUCUUAACAUUGCGGAAAAAACAGGCAACUUAGAGGAUUUCAUUAACGCAGCAUAUACAGAUAGUUAUUACAAAGGUCAGUCCGCCCUUCACAUCGCCAUCGAGAGGAGAAGCAUGCACUUUGUCAAAUGUCUCAUACAAAAGGGAGCAAACGUGCACGCCAGGGCCUGUGGGAAAUUCUUCCAGCUCAACAGAGGGUCUGGCUUCUAUUUUGGGGAGCUGCCCCUGUCCCUGGCAGCCUGCACCAACCAGCUGGAGGUAGUGGCGUUCCUCAUGGAGAACCCCUACCAGAGUGUGAAAGUCACGGAGAGCGACUCCAUGGGCAACACGGUCCUGCACGCCCUGGUGGUGGUGGCCGACGACACGCCCGAGAGCACCAGGUUCGUCACCAAGAUGUACGACGAGAUCCUGAUGAGGGCGGCCAAGCUGCACCCCAAGGUCAAACUGGAGGACGUCACCAAUAACCAGGGACUGACCCCGCUGAAGCUGGCAGCCAGGACUGGCAAACUCGGACUGUUCAAACACAUAGUGCGGCGGGAGAUCAAGGACAGCGAGUGCAGGCAUCUCUCUCGGAAGUUCACAGAGUGGGCGUACGGGCCGGUGCAUUCCUCCCUCUACGACCUGGCGUCCCUGGACUCCUACGAGCCGAACUCGGUGCUGCAGAUCAUCGUCUACGGCAGCGAGAUCCCAAACCGCCAUGAGCUGCUACAAGUUGAGCCUCUCAAUAAGCUGCUCCAGGAGAAGUGGGACAGAUUUGCAAGCAAGAUGUUUUUCUUCAAUUUCUUCGUCUACGUGAUCUACUUGUCCAUUUUUACCACCGUCGCCUACUUCAGACUUGAAGGAAAGCCACCCUUCCCACUGGAACAUUCAACUAAAGGAUACCUCCGCCUGACUGGGCAGCUCAUCGGGGUUUCAGGAGCAAUUUACUUCUUCUAUAACGGGAUUGUGGACUUUAAACGAAAGCGACCAAAACUAGAGUCUCUGCUGAUAGAUGGAUACUGCGAAAUCCUUUUCUUUCUCCAGGCUGUCUUCUUCCUGACGUCCUCGGUGUUGUACACUUGUGGCAGGCAGGAGUAUGUGGCCUUCCUGGUGAUCUCUCUGGCCCUCGGUUGGGUCAAUCUGCUCUACUUCUCCAGAGGAUUCCAACACCUGGGCAUCUACAGCGUCAUGAUACAGAAGAUGAUACUGGGAGACAUUUUACGCUUCCUCUUCGUCUACAUCGUCUUCCUCUUCGGGUUUUCUGCAGCCAUAGUGACGCUGUUAGAGGAGCAGCCUGCGCCUCCGCUCAGCGGCAACGGGACAGCGCCGAACGGCACCGGCACCGGCACCGGCACCGGCACGGAACCCAACCCCACACCCGGGAACCCCGCGGACGACUGCAAGAAGCAGUCCUACAACAACUUCUACUACACCACGCUGGAGCUCUUCAAGUUCACCAUCGGCAUGGGCGACCUGGAGUUCACCGAGCAGUACAGGUUCAAGAAGGUCUUCUACUUCCUGCUCAUCUCCUACAUCAUCCUGACCUACAUCCUGCUGCUCAACAUGCUCAUCGCGCUGAUGAGCGAGACGGUGGAGAGGAUCUCCCGAGACAGCAAGAGCAUCUGGAAGCUGCAGCGGGCCAUCACCAUCCUGGACCUGGAGAAGAGCCUGCCCUCCUGCCUGAGGGCCAAGCUGCGCUCCGGGGUGCCGAGGGAGCUGGGCCGCAGCCCCGGGGACGACUGCCGCAGAUGUUUCAGGGUGGAAGAAGUCAACUGGAAUACGUGGAAUUUAAACCUGGGCAUCAUUAAUGAGGAUCCAGGGAACGAGCCUCAGGAGAUCAGCACUAUUACUCCUGCAGAAGCCGGGCCUCGUAGAGCACGCAGCUGGAGGAACAUUGUUCCCAUCCUGCGGGACUUCAAUCAGGCAAGGACGCAGUCCCCCCAGGAGGAAGAGAUGAGGCCGAUAUCCAGCAGCCCUCACUGAGGACAGGCCACCGGGGCGAUACCCACAGACAGCGGUGCCACUCGUCUCCCACUCCACGCCUGCAAACGAAUUCUGCGUGCGCUCAAAGAUCAGUACCCAGCUUGAGACAUGCACACCUGAGUGACUUCAGCUUACUAUCACAGUGUUAAUUAAUGGCUCCUUUAUACCUCAGGGGCUAUAUCUAAUUGCUAUGUUAAAGAGUGGAUUAGUACUUUUUGAAUUGCCAAUAUCUACACUACCUUACCCUCUUACCAGAAGGGUUGGGUGUAAAGGCCUUCUCUAUUGAACAGAUAAAUAGGGUUGGGGCAGACUACUCAAAACCUAACCAAAUCUUUACCCAAUUUACUCAUUAUCCUAAUACAAAUGUUAGCACAGUUUAAAUACAUGUUAAAUUGAUAAUCGAUAAAGAAAUACUACAGUAAAUCUAGGACUUUACCCUGAAAAAAAGUGAAGAUAGUUUGAAGGAUGAAGACUAGGGCACAGGGUCAUCAUCAGCCAACGUUUCAAGUGGAGAAGCAGACAGACUUGGGACGGAAAGCAGUAAUAUCAGAAGUGGACAUCCGUGGUACCUUGUCCUGCGACUCUUUUGAUCUUUUGGCCAGACAUCUUCCCCUUUUUAACCCUGCGCGUAUAAUUCAACUCGCGUGUCGGAAACUCGCGUAAAAGCAGAGAAUUUACAAAUAAGUGUUUAUACUGCAUCGCAUUAUAAUUUCAAGCCCAUAUUGUUUAACGCGCUUGGGGAAAAAAAAGUCGGGAUGUGGGAGAAGGAAAAAGAAAAAGGAGCUCAAUUAUUAAGGCAAAAACGCGGGCAAGUGUUUACUGUAAUUUUGAUGCUCUGCAUGUAAUUGAAAGUGUGAUUUGUAACGUGCAAUAUCCUCCUAUUUAUCAAUAUUAUGUUGUAUUUCUGUUUUCUUGGCUUUUCUUAAUGACAAUAUAUUGUAAGAUAGUUACUUUGGAUUUUAGAUGUUUUAAUACAAAUAUAUAUUUGACA